AUGGUUUCUUGCCAUCUUCCCAGCUUGAAGGGGGGUGCCUCAAGGAAGCCAUUAAAGAAUCUUGUGCCUCUCCCAAAACGGCCGCUUGAUGUCGAUCAUGCUGACUUGGACUUUUCAGACGUGUUUGGUCCUCUACCUACUCAAGCACCUGAUGCAAACAAAUCCUCUGAAGAUCCAGAUUUGAUUUCCAACCCUAGAGAAAAACUGGAGAAGUUGUCGCUUCAGAGCACUGGUCUCUUGGACAAAGCGAGUAGUGAAGAUGUUGCAAUAGGGCUACGUGACUUCCAGGUAUUGAAGCUUGUCGGUAAAGGUGGUGGAUAUGGAAAAGUUUAUCAAGUCAGGAAUGUUGUUUCACUUUCAUCAGAUAUUUUCGCGAUGAAGGUCAUUCGAAAAGCUAAGACUGUGGAUGGGGAUCUUGCUGAUUGUGUGCAGAGUGAGAGGGAAAAUUUGAGAAAAGUCGAUCAUCCCUUCAUUGUUCAUCUCAGAAACAGUUUCCAGACCAAGCAUAGGCUCUACCUUGUUCUUGAUUUUGUUAAUGGUGGCAACCUUUUCUUUCAACUAAAGAGACAGGGCUUACUCAGUGAGGAUAUAGCUCGAAUCUAUGCAGGUGAGAUUGUCUCUGCUGUUUCUCAUCUCCAUGCUAAUGGGAUAUUGCACAGGGAUCUUAAGCCCGAAAACGUACUUCUUGAUGCAGAGGGACAUGCAUUGCUAACUGAUUUUGGCUUUGCAAAGCAAUUUAAUGAUCCGAAGAACACUCGAUCCGACUCUAUUCGUGGAACAAUGGAAUACAUGGCACCUGAAGUUGUUCUUGGGAGAUAUCACGACACAGACUUCAGUGGAAGAUUCUCAAGGACACCUUUCAAAUGCAAAAAAAAAAAUAAAAAAUAA